AGAAUUCUGAUGGUCCUGUUAUGAGAUUUGUCAAAAUAUUUGGUGAUAAGGAUCAAAGGACCAGAUAUGCAGGUCUAGGGUAUUUUGACGGAACAUAUGUCGUAAUCCCAUAUUGGCCUCGUUUCGUUGUCUGGGACUGGGCGAAUGAUGCUUGGUUCUCACUCGAUCUGGAUGCGGAUGAACAUUUCCUAUGGAUCUUUGACGAUGAUUUAUAUACCCUCCGCGGGUGGAAGCUCUGCAGAUACAACAUCAUUGGUCGUUUUGGAAGCACAUCACUCCCUAUCCGGCAGUGGGACUUCGAGCCGGAAUUCUUUGAUCUUGAUUUUCAAAAGGAAAGGGGAUCUGUCACCAGGGUAACUGGGUCAAGGAUGUCAGCGUCGUUUUCAUCCACUCUGCAUGCGCUGCAACUGGAGAAGGAGAGCGGAAAUCACUUUGCACUCUUCAUCCUUGAUCUCCCUCCUAGAAAUUCUGGCCAAGUGGGAGGGUUCACAUCCCCCGUCAUUGUACGUCAAUCCUCAAUUAUCCGGGAGCACAACACGCACCAUGGUCGCCCCUCACGGCAUGCCCAACCUGGGGUUUGGCUUUUCCCUGACGACGUUCUAUUCCAUUAUGAUGUUGAUCUUCCGAAGAGGACGGUGUUCGGACAAGCGAUAUCGAAUGAUAUUCGCGUAUUCCAAAACGAGUUUGAGUUCCCUUUCGAAUAUACAGAUCCUAACCCUAUUUGGAUCCUCGAUCCGGAGCCCAUGCUCCUGUCCGUACACGAAACUGUAUGCCUAGCUUCCGGGCUCCUUUUUACAAUUCGUGUGGGGGAAGGGACCAUCUGUUUGUUUCGAUUGAGCUAGGACUCAUGAGUAGGCAGGGGUCCUAACUCCCAAGUGUAAUCCAUGCAUGCAUGUAAUACAACUGAGGCCGACGUGGCGAAUGCCUACUAUUCUUCCAAUAGCCAUAGCGUG